AUGGCUGAAAAGAUUCUGAACAACAUCCUGGAUGCCGUGGGAAACACUCCCUGCAUCCGCCUCAACCGCAUUCCGCAGAAGUACGGUCUCCGGUGUGAAGUCGUCGCCAAAUGCGAGUUUCUCAACCCUGGUGGCAGCGUGAAGGAUCGUGUGGGGAAGAACAUGGUGCUCACCGCUGAGGCAGAGGGCCGUCUGAAGCCGGGCGCUGUUUUGGUGGAGCCGACGAGUGGGAACACUGGUGUCGCGCUCUCCAUGGCGGCAGCGGUGCGGGGCUAUGAAAUGGUCAUCACCAUGUCGUCGAAGAUGUCGCAUGAGAAGGAGGUGACGAUGAACGCUCUGGGUGCGAAGGUUAUCCGGACACCGGCGUCCUUGCUGUCAGAACACCCCGACAGCCUCUUCGGUGUCGCCAAUCGCCUCGUGGAGGAGAAGGGAUGCAUCAUGCUCGACCAGUACAACAAUCCUGCCAACCCCAAGGCACAUGAACUUACUGCGAUGGAAAUCUACAACCAGUGCGAUGGGAAGAUCGAUAUGGUGGUGUGCUCUACCGGUACAGGGGGUACUAUGACGGGUAUCGCCACGCGACUCAAGGAGCUGCUCCCGAACGUCAUCAUUGUUGGUGCUGACCCCGUGGGGAGCAUUCUCGCCGAUCCCGAACACGAUGAGGUCAGCCCAUAUAUGGUCGAGGGUGUCGGGUAUGAUUUCAUUCCGAAGGUCUGUGAGCGCGACCGUGUGGAUCGCUGGGUUAAGACCGUGGAUAAGGAGAGUUUCGAGCUUGCUUUGGAGCUGAACCGCCUCGAGGGACUGAUGGUGGGCGGCAGCAGUGGAGCCGCGCUUUCGGGCGCGUUGCAAGCUGCGAAGGACCUUCGCGAAGACCAGCGAUGCGUUGUUAUCUUACCAGACACGCUCCGCAACUAUUUGGGGAAAUUUGCCGAUAAUAAUUGGAUGAUUGAGCGCGGUCUCGCGAAGGGUGAAGUGAUCCGACCGACCUACGAGGCGUUGGCAAAGGAGGUUAAGGAGCUGAAGGAGCGGCUCGCCAAAUAUGAAUCCCCGUCGCAGUAA